UCCUCCCUCCCUUCCUUCCUCUAACGGAAGCGGGCGGGGAAUCCUUCGCGGCCGGUGCGGCCCAUGCCCUGCUGGCGGCCGAGGAGGAGGAGGAGGAGGAGGAUGCUCCGCCUGGCUGUGGGGCUGCUGGCGGCCUCCCUCCUGGCCGUCAUGGUGGGCCGCUACGGGCCUCCGGGGAAGCAGGACCCGGCGCCCCGGAGGCGGCCCUUCUCCCCCGAGCCUGCGCCGGCCGCCCAGCCCAACAACCUCUUCUGGGCCGUGCAGGUAACAGAUGUGCACAUCAGUAAGUUUCACAGUCCUUCCCGAGCACCUGAUUUUGAAAGAUUCUGUAGGGAAACAAUUCCUGUAAUUCAGCCUGCCCUUACUUUAGCAACAGGUGACUUAACUGAUUCCAAAACGAAGAAUACACUUGGGUCUGAUCAGUUUGAAGAAGAAUGGCAGACAUACCAGACUGUCUUAAAGAGAUCGAGGGUCAUGGAAAAAACUAAGUGGAUAGACAUAAAAGGGAAUCAUGAUACCUUCAACAUUCCUCAUCUAAAGAGUGUCAAGAAUUACUACAGGAAAUAUUCCGGUUGGCAGAAAGAUGGCUCCUUUCAUUACCUUCACAGCACACCUUUUGGCAACUAUUCUUUCAUUUGUGUGGAUGCAACUCUCAAUCCAGGCCCCAAGAGGCCCUACAAUUUCUUUGGGAUAUUAAAUGCGGCUCAAAUGCAAGAGUUAUCUUUAUUGGUUGCAGAAAGUCAUAGCAGCAACCACACCAUCUGGUUUGGUCACUAUCCCACCUCAUCAAUUAUCUCUGCUUCUCCAGGAAUACGGAUGGCAAUGAGCUCUGCUACAGCUUAUUUCUGUGGGCACUUUCAUACGGUGGGCGGUCUGUUGCCAGUCCUACACACUCGUCACCAUCAUGGUACUUUAGAACUGGAACUUGGAGACUGGAAGGAUAAUAGGAAGUAUCGGAUCUUUGCAUUUGAUCAUGAUCUCUUCAGCUUUGUUGAUGUGACAUUUGAUGAAUGGCCUGUAGUUCUUAUCACCAAUCCCAAGCCGUAUCUUUAUAGUAGUUCUGCUCACGAACCACUACAGAGAAUACUUCAUUCUACACACAUCAGGAUUUUGGCCUUUUCUCCCUCUUACAUCAAUUCUGUCAAAGUCAGUAUUGAUGGUGUUAAUCUGGGAAAUGCUGUUCAGGUAUCCGGACAACUCUAUGUACUGAAGUGGACUCCCCAGAAUUACAGUCUAGGCUUUCAUCAGAUAGAAGUGGUAGUUCAGGAUGCCAGCGGUAGAAAUACUACUCAGGUUCAUACAUUUGCUAUGGAAGAAAACCUGUCUCUCAGUUUUGGCCUGGUUGCUUCUUGGCUUCUUCUUACUGACCAUUAUAUAUGGGUUCGAACGCUGUUCAUUUUAGCAGCUCUAACUCAAAUUCUCUUGCUGAUUAUUUUCCGAUAUCGAAGACCACCAAUAUUAAAACAACCUCUGGGCAAAGCAGUGCGGAUCUCUUUUUCUCUUCACGUCCUGACUAAAAUAAAUUUAUUUUAUUACUCAUUUCUGUGGCUGAGUUUGUAUACUGUCAUAGGGCCCUGGUUUAUUGGUGAGAUUAUAGAUGGUCAUAUAGGCGCCUGUUUUUCCUUUGGAGUAUUUGUUGGUGGUCAUUUCUUUGAAGGCAGCAUCACAUUCCUCAUUGGACUUGCACAGAUGCUGUUUUUUAACCUACCACUGAUGGCAUAUACGUGUUGGUGUCUCUUUUUACGUUGCCAAGGGCAUUGCUUUAGCUCCCACCUACGUCAAGUCAGAUUGUGUUGGGUUGUGCCCAUCCACUUCUGCAUGUCAAUCUUAUUUUUCUGGCAGGUCUAUUCCUGCUAUUUCCUGCUGAUGACAUAUGGAACUAUGUCUUUUUUCCUCUCUCCCCUGAGAACUUGGGCAGUGACUCUAACCUUCUUCCUGUUCUACAGAACCUGGAGACUGCAGUCUUCCAUGCUUAGAACUUUCAUUUUGGAAAUGAAAAACUACCAAACUUCAUAAUAGCAACUCUUCAGGCAACUGAAGAGCACUUUCUUUUAAAAGAUUGUCACAUGAUGAAGCUGUGAAUGAUAGGUUUGUAUGACCACUGUCCCCUCUACUGCUGUCCUGAAAAUAUGUCUGUGCUGUGAAAUAAGGCUUUCAGAAGGUCAAGGCUGUAAGGAAUCUACAGCAUUCUGGAGCUACUAACUGCAUUUGUUGACAGAAAGUUAGUUUGACUUGCUCUCAUUUUAAUACUAAACAAAGUUCACCAGUGGACUACUGUAAUGAAUUGUAACUGCUCUUCCUUUUCAAUGUUUACACGUGUUGCACCAUACCUAAACGUGGAACUACUUAUUGCUUUGUCACUGAUAACUGAUACAGCUCUAGGACAAAGCUAAAUAGCAAACAACGUAUCUUCUCCCUGCUUUAGGCAGGCAAAUCUAUCACCAUCAUCACUUCAUUUAAGGAGAUACUUUUGAAAUGGCCCAAGGAGUCCAAACUAGUUACUGUGAAGCCUUAUUUUUUUUCUAAAAAUUGAAUAUUUAUUGCCCUUCAGCCACCUAUUGUGUUUCACAACAGAGCAACAUAAAAUCAAAAUGAAACGUAAUAACUUUACCAUCGUUUAAAAGCAAUAGAUUUAUAAGGAAACAGAACAUCUGCAUAUAAUAUAAUUUAGUGCGGAUAUUAAACUUGUUGGACAAAACUUCCAUUCUCCACCUCUGACUGAAAGAGGUUGUAGUCCCACAACAUCUGUAAGGCCAGAAGGCCUAUCUUUGGGCUACUCUUCUAAUAGGAAAACGUAACAACAGUCAGACCACAUGUGCAAAGGACUUGGCAGUAACUGGGGUGAAGGGGGGGGACGGACAUUUUUUAAUUGAAAAUAAUGUAAUAGCUGCUGACUUUUCAGUGUGAGAUGUAACGUUUGCUCUUAAUUUUUAAACAUGAUGGGGGCCAUUUGCUCUUUUAUUUGUUUACAUAAUAGAAAUUUUAAAAAUAUACUGCCAACAACUAAAAAGAAAUGGUUUAUUUUUGUUUCUUUAAGUACUGGUCAUGCAUGAGAUUUUUCAAUGCAUUUCCAAGCUCUCACUGUACAAGUGCAUCUUGAAUAUUUUAUAGACGUGUCUUGUGACCAUUAACUAUGCUGGUUAGGGCUGCGCAAGGAGUUUUGCUCAAAUGUCAAAAGGGUGCAGGUUGAGAGACAUGAAUAUAGGAAAUGCAGAAUUUUCACUGAAUAGUGCAGCCCCAUCUCAACUGCUCUCUUUCUAACAUCUGAACUACUUUGUUCUGGUGACCUGGCAGCUCUUUCAGCAGGAGACAAUGAAGUGAGAUGGAAAAAUGCAGUGUCUUUCAUAUUAGCAUGUGUACUUCCAAGUUGCCUGCCACUGUAUGGCAACCUCAUGAAUUUCACCAAGUUUUCAUAGCCAAGGAAUGCUCAGCAGUUAUUUACCAUUGCUUUUGUAUGAAGCACAGAGGCGGGGAAGUUUGAAUGUGCAUCUGCCUUUUUCAACAGCAGCCUUAUGUUUCUUAUAAUAAACAUCAUUCUGCCUUUAA